UAUCGAGCCUUCCAUGCAGUAAUGCAUAUAGAUUGUAUGCGACAGUACUGUAUCGUUUGUUAAUAUGUAACAUAAAACGCGACCGCGAACUUAAAAGCAAUAAAGGGUGCGUUCAGGAAGACGCUAUUAGCGCUAUUUGCGUCAUUCUAUCUUUAUCGCUCAUUAGACAUAAAACAGGGAUAGAAUGACACAAUAGCGCUGAUAGCGUGCUCCUCAAACGCACCCUAAAUUAAUACAUUAAUAAUUAUAAUAGAUAUAAUAGAAACUUAUUUGUCUACAUUGAGAUAUUAAAAUACACCGAUCUCAGAUUGAGAUCCUUCGAGUGUACGAAAAUUAAGUACAUUAUCUCACAACAAAGAAUCAGAAUGUACGAAUUAAAUAUGAAAUUAUUAAAGAAAAGAGGGAAAAUGAGAGAAAAAAUAUCAGGGCGCAAGUGGCUAACCUUUCUCUUGUAUGUUUUAAAUAUUUUUCUAUUUUUGAAAAAUUGAUUUUAAAUGUGUGUGUGUGUGUAUAACUUCACAGUCAUCAGUCGAUGAUAUCUCACUUUUGACAUUUCGUCGCAUGCAUUAUCGAGGAAUUUUUUGCAAACAAGAUAAAAAAGACUCGUACAACACAAAUGAAUUAGUAUGCAGACAAAUAAAGCGUUACGUUAAGCAAUCAAAUUUCUCUGUUAUAUUUGAAAAGUAUAUAUUUUUGCUUGCAUAAUUAAUUGUAUGAUUCAAUUCGCUUCACACUCGUAAAGAAUAAAAAAAAAAUUGGCAAACCAUGUGUCGAGGACCAUAUAUAUUAAGUCUGUUCUUUAUUUCUCAUUUUCUCACCACAUUCUUUUAAUCCCUUUCGCUUGCCAUUCGCAGGUAGUCACAGAACAGACCCUUCGUGAAUAGGAGUGUACGUGUGUAUACGUGUGUAUAUGUGUACGUGUAUGCAUGCGCAUAUAUGAUGCGUGUGGAAUGCUGUGUGUGCAGUAUGGUCAAACGGACGUUCGCAAAGUGUUGGAACGAAAUGACUUCGGUCUUGAAUGAAAAGAAGUGGGAAGAAAUAUCAUAUUUAUUGGAAGAAUCGAACGUACCGGCACGAGAUGAUGGUGACGCGGAAAACCCGAUCGUCGUGACGUGCCGCGGGAUCUUCUAGAGAUUCGCAAUUACUCCAAUUGCUCCAUAUAACGAGCUAAUCGAAACACGCUUUCCCAAUAUUUUAUCUCGUGACGCUACAUCGGAAAAAUUUGUGGUUUGAAUAUCUCGUUAGGCGUGCAUGUUUAAUUGCUGAGUCAUUUUCAAUGGGAGUUUUAUCGUGUAAACGUUAGUAUCGUGAUUACAAACGUAUGAUUCAUUGUCGUGUUCCAAAUUAAACGUUAAUAAUUAAUGUUAUUAAUCAUACUGCAGAUUGAAUAUUUACAAGUUUCUACAAGUCUUAAUGGGAUAAGUGACAUCAAAAUUAAAAGCGGCAAUCACCAGAAAGAAAAUAUUUUCAAUAUUUGCAUCUGUGGUGCUUAUAAUGUAUAUAUACAACGUGUUAUCAUGCAUAUUAUAAGACAAAACUGAUACACGUCUCAUAAGAGUCAACAACAAGCAGUGCUUUCAUGCAAUUGACAGUACAUGCCAGUUUAAAUUAAAAUCAACAUCGUCUUUCUUCCUAUGUGUUAUUCUCCCUAUACUAGAAAUCGUACGUCUGAACAUAAAUAAUAAACUGAACAAAGAUGAGGGUCACGGCUUGCCAUUUCCGACGUUGCAUAAUAGCAGUAUUAUCUCUAGGACUAUUGUUUUGCAUUAUUCAAGUAAUAAGAACAGAAUUGGGAUUUAACGAACCGGACUUGUCAAAUGUAGACAAAUUAAUGCAUAUAUCACAAUUAAUCAAAGAGUCGGAAAAAUCUUACGUGAGAGAAGGCGCUGUUGCGUGCAGAUUACCUCAGUUAAAUAUCUCUAGUCCAGAAAUAAUGAAGUUCAUACAUGACGUACCACCUUUAUUCUGUGGAUCUGAAGAUUGGGUUGCAGUGGAAGGUUCAAAACUUGUUAUUACUAAUAAAGCAAAGACGAAGCACGGAGAAAUAACAUGUAUCUUUAGUGAAAUUGUUAGAAUAGACGAUUACAAUACAAAAUUAUUAGACGGCAUAGAAGCGGAUGAUUUUUACACUUUGAGGGACAGCGACUUUGCAGAUGUGAAAUGCAAGUCAAAAAGUGGAAAUACGUGGCACAGUUUACUUGCCGGAGUGAAACACGAUCCGUACGCCAAUCAGCGGCACAAUUGGAACAAUGUGCCGAACACAGGCCUCAAAUUAAAUGUGCUUAUGCUCGGCUUUGACUCUUUAUCACGAAAUACGUUUAUUCGUAAAUUGCCCAAAACUUAUCGUUUCAUAAAACAGCAACUGAAUGCUUUAGUUCUGGAAGGAUACAAUAUCGUAGGGGAUGGCACUCCGCAAGCGCUUAUCCCAAUUCUAACCGGCAAGAUCGAACUUGAAUUACCAGAAACGCGGAAACGAAUGGGUCAUAAAGCUAAUUAUGUCAACGUAUAUCCAAUGAUAUGGAAGAAAUACAAAGAACACGAUUAUAUAACAGGUUUUAUGGAAGAUGUGCCGCAUAUCGGGACCUUCACGUAUCGCUUAAAAGGAUUCGACGAGCAACCGACUCAUCAUUAUAUGCGCACUUAUUAUCUUGCUGCGUCUUCGUAUUUCGGAACGUACAACAAAUUUUGCAUAGCUGGUGUCCCACGUCAUAUGGUGAUGAUGAAUUAUAUAAAAACGAUAUUCAAUACAUAUAAGGAACAGCCAAAGUUCGUAUUUGGAUUUCAUGGAGAACUUUCCCAUGAUUCCUACAAUGAUAUCGGAGUGGUAGAUGACGAUUUAUAUUCUUGGGUGAAAGAUCUUCAUGAUUUUGGACAUUUAAACAAUACUGUUUUAAUUUUGAUGAGUGAUCACGGACACAGAUUUGCGGACAUUCGCAAUACUUUGCAAGGUAAGCAAGAGGAAAGAUUGCCGUUUUUCUCUUUUACUUUUCCACCCUGGUUCAAACAAGCCCAUCCACAAGCAUAUGCAAAUUUUGUAUAUAACACACAAUACUUGACAUCACCAUUCGAUGUACAUAAGACACUGGAAAACAUACUUAAUUUUGGCACACCAAAGGAUGGAGAACGUCAUCAAAGAGCUAUCAGUUUAUUUGAUAAGGUGCCUCUAGACAGAACAUGUGCGGAUGCUUUCAUAGAGCCUCAUUGGUGUGCUUGUCUCGGAUGGAAAGAAAUUUCAAUUGACAAUGCAAACGUUGUUGCUGCUGCCCACUAUUUUGUUCAAUUCCUUAAUGAUUAUACCGUCGAUCAUCGUGACAUAUGUGCGACUUUACAAUUGGAUGAGAUUUUAUGGGCCGCUAAGCUCAUACCUACUAAAGGUUUGCUGGAUUUCCAGAAAUCCGGGGAUCAAGACGGUUUCAUAGGUGAUUUCAGUGCCAAAACCAAAGUGACGGCGGACAUUUAUCAAUUAAAAAUGAGAACGAUGCCGGGUAAUGCACUAUUUGAAGUUAGCAUUUCUCAUGAUCUUGGAAAAAAUAUUUUUCGCACUAAGAUUUCCGAUGUUAGCAGGAUUAACAUGUAUGGAUCUCAAGCGAGAUGCGUGGAAAAUUCACUAUUUCAUUUGCGUAAAUACUGUUAUUGUAAAGGAUAGGUAAUAUUUACGUAGCAUAAUUUUAAACGUUGUAUAGAUAGAAAUGACACGCAUCAAAAUAUCAAUCAAAGGAAGAUUAGUUUUAAUUAAACCGCGAUAAUUAUUAUUUAAUUUAAAUAAAACUACUGUGAUGCAUCUCGUUCAUUUUCUAAAAUCACGUGUAUUAGUCUGAUUUUACCUUUAUUUCCAAUUAUUUACGUAUUGAUGAACGUAAAUAUUAGUGCCACGAUAUCAUAUUUCACAUAUCAUUCUUAAAAGAAUCUUCAUUAUGUCUAAUAAUAAUAAUUAUAUCAAUAGUUAUGUUUUAAUUUAUGAUACAAAGUAUUGUGCAUGUGUGAUAUCUAUAUGUUAUAAAGAUUUCCUAUUUAAAUGUAUAAUUGCACAUACAUUUGCAAACUCUAUUAGAAAUUAAUAUUGUGCCAAUACAUAUUAAAAAUAAUUUAAGUCACAGUUUUAAUUUUUUCAUAAUAUGUUAUAAGAAAUUUGAUGAAUUAUUCAUCACAUUUACCAAUUUUACGUUCUUAAUUGACGAGUAGUAAAACUAAUUGUCUAAACAAUACCAAUAAUGUUAAGAAGGAAGAUUCUAUUUAUAUAUUUGUAAAAAAGAAACUCAUAAUGUUCAAGCAAGAUAUAAUGAUAGGCGUUCCGGAUUAUUAGAUAAUAAAUAUUUGUAUUAUAAAAAUACAAACUUAUAUGCGUUUACUAGUCACAUAUUCAAGAAAACAACGGGCUAACUCUUAUCAUGGCAUUCAAAGAAAUUAUACAAAAAUUUUCAUAUAUAAAAACA